UAUGGUCAUAAGAAACUACUUCUUCUCGAUGGAACCCUUGGCAUUAACAGUGCUCACUCGCUUCUAUUCAUUGGCAUGGUUGUUGACAAUGCUAAAAAAGGCAUUCCAGUAGUCUUCUUUCACUUCACUGCCAAAAAGUCUACCACAGCUGCUCAUACAGAUUAUGAUGGACUACUUCUGCAGGAUCUUCUUGGUCACUGGAAAUAA